GUAACCAAUCUGCCAUCACAUCCGCCCCGUCACUCCGCAGCCGCUGCGCCGCCUCCACCAUAAAGCCUCACAUACAUGUAGACAGCCGCUAGUUGGCUAACGGCAUCGACGGGAGACAUACGGAACAGGAGCUUUGUUGCCCGGGGUUACUUCACCUGGCAAACGCGCUUAUUCAGCCUCAAGCUGGGGAUACUUUAGUCCAGAUAUAAAUAAGACGUUCAAACUACGGAGAAGAAGCGAGGUUUAAUCGAAGGACGGUGUAACAUCUGUCGCUCGGUGGAUCGGACCGCCCGCUAGCUUUGUUACAACUCCGCGCAUACGUAGUUUUAGCUCGCCAGUCGGCUAACUACGCUAACUCGAGAAGAAAGGCCGUCGAGUUGACCUAGCGUCGGUUAUUUAACGGGUAGCGAAUCAUCCUGGCAUAUCAAGGUUGCCUCUCACCGCUUGGAUCGGAAAACCGUCAAAUUGAAGAGCAGAACACCGAGAGAGGAUGGCUCUGAAAAGGAUCCACAAGGAGCUUAACGAUCUGGCUCGUGACCCUCCAGCACAGUGCUCAGCCGGCCCAGUGGGUGAUGACAUGUUUCACUGGCAAGCCACAAUCAUGGGACCUAGUGACAGUCCAUAUCAGGGAGGUGUUUUCUUCUUGACAAUUCAUUUUCCAACAGACUACCCCUUCAAACCACCCAAGGUUGCAUUUACAACAAGAAUUUACCACCCAAAUAUUAACAGUAACGGCAGUAUCUGUCUGGAUAUUCUCAGAUCACAGUGGUCUCCUGCACUUACUAUUUCUAAAGUUCUUCUCUCCAUUUGCUCACUCCUAUGUGACCCAAACCCUGAUGACCCACUAGUGCCAGAGAUCGCACGAAUCUACAAAACAGAUAGUCAGAAGUACAAUAAACUAGCUCAGGAGUGGACAGCGAAGUAUGCCAUGCUUUAGGAUACACCAAAAUGGCAAAAGAAUGGACACAAAAAUACGCAAUGUGAUGGCAUCGUUUGGAAAGCUGGUGGAAAAUGUUGUUGCUGGUUCAAACUUAAAAUUCCAGGGUUCUGUUUUUCUUUUUUCACUUUAUUUCUUCGUUAAUCAAAGCAUUUUACCCCUUCCCUUCCUUCCCCACCUGCGCGCUCAUAAGAAGAUAGUGUUUUCUCUCUAGGACACGUGCCAGUUUCUGUGAGGUUUCGACUCCCAUUUUGUAUGGAGUUUAAAAUAAUAAUAAAAAAAAAUAAAUAAAAAAGAAAAGAAAAUCACCAUGGUUCUGAACACUCGGCUUUAGCAUGCACCAGUAAGAGUUUUUCAACCCCAAAUUGGUGAUGUUAGUAAUUCACUCUGCACACACUUAGUAGAAUCAGAUGCAACUGGUCUCCUGAUGCUGAAUAUAUCAACCCCGUGGUGAUCCAGCUGGUUCACCUGCUGGUUCACCUGCUGGUUCACCUGCUGGAUCCUGUAGGGUUGAUAUUUACUUCACUGUGGGCUCGGUCUUUUUUGAAGCAUUUCUCGAGAGGCCUGUCUUUUGCCAUACCCGUAAAUUCUGAAUUUGAAAGUUUCAGAUUGGCAAAAUUCUGUCUGCAUUUUAUUUGAAAGUGGUAAAAUCUGAAAUGGGGGGGGGGGGAGAGAUGCCUUUUCUCUGAACGAUUAGGGAAACUGGUCCCUGUGGCUCCUGGACUGGUGUGAUGUCAGUAUGUUCUUCUGAUCAUUAGUAUAGGAAUUUAUUACCUGAGGAAAGAAGUGUAUCUUAUUCCACUAUCAAAGUGUGUGUACAGAGAAGCACAGCAGUAUAUAUCAAUGUUAAGGAAACAAAAUAUAAGAACUUCAAUGUUGUAUUUUAUGCAUGUUAAUAAAGGUAGGCUAUUAUAUCUGAUAUGUUUCUGCAAAUUAAGUGGAUUGUAAGGCUGAACAGUUGGAAAAAAAUUGGUUCCCCUCAAAGGCUUCCUAUUUCUUUUUUGUUAUUUAGAAGCCAGUAGAUGAGCAGUUAGUUUUAUGCCCACUCAAACACUGUCUUCUUGUAGCCCUAAAAUAUUGAUGCAAAGCUAAUGGUUGAUAAUCAACUUGUGGCUCUGUUUCUUUUUAGUUUUCCAUUCAAUAAAGUUACUUAAACCAUAA